AUGGACGUCCUAGAACUCUACGUCUGGGGCCCGGCGUUCGGUCUCCCCUCCGUUGACGCCGAGUGUCUGGCUGCCAUCGCAUACCUGCACACUGCCCUCCCGAGUUCCCAAUGGCGUCUGGUCGCGAGCAAUGACCCCGCCGUCGACACAUCGAAUCGCCUCCCAGCCCUAAAAGCUGGCGGCGUCUGGGUAUCCGGGUACGUCGCCAUCGCAUCUCAUCUCGCCUCCCUCUCGCCGCACUCCCCCUCGUGGGACCUGGAUCUCGACUCGCGCCUUACCCCGUCCCAGCGCGCAGACGCCCUCGCCUAUGGCGCCCACAUCGACGCCCACUUCGCGCCCCUUCUCGACGCCGCCCUUUACGGCACCCACGAGAACUGGACCGCCGUCACCCGUCCUGCCCUGAGCCAUGUCCUCGGCUUCCCCCUGAGCUGGACUGUACCCGUCAUGCUGCGGAACCAGGCCACGGCGCGGUGCGCGCACCUCGGGCUCGACUCGCUCGGCGCCGAGGACGACUCCUCCGGCGGCAGUGACGCCCAGGGCAGUGCCCUGGACCGCGCGAUGAAGCACCUACCCGUGUCGUCCAGGAAGACCGUGCUGGAGGAGAUGAAGGCGGGCACGGCGCGGGGCAUCAGGUUGCACACCAUCACAGUCGACGCCCUCAUGCCGCUCGAGGCCCUCCGCGCACGGGGCGAGGACGCGCCGGGCGAGAAGAAGCGCUUCUUCGGCGGCGAGGUGCCGACCUCCCUCGACUGCCUGGUCGCCGGCUACCUCGCCCUCGUCCGCGCGGUCGACCUGCCCCAGCCCUGGCUCCGCACGAUCCUCGACAGCAAGUUCUCGCACCUGGCCGCCAUGGCCGACGACCUCCGCGACGAGUGUCUCACGAGCCCCGGCGCCCUCCCCUGGGCCGUGGCCCCCUCAUCGGCAUUCCGCACGGCGGCCCGCUUCCUGGACAACGUCGUGCAGGCGACGCCGAAUUUGGGCGAGGCGUACGUUCACGAGUGGCGCCGGCGCGCCGAGGCUAGGGCGAAGGGUGUGGCGGACCGGAGAACGCUCGCUCUCGCGGGCGGCGUGCUGGCCGCCGGCACCGCCAUCGCGUACGGAGUGUGGGUCUACCGCAGUCUCCCGCCCUGGGGCAUGCGAACGCAGACUUGGAUGGCAGAGAAGAGGGGGCUCAACAGGUUCGGUGACCUGGGCGCCAUGCUCGACUUCUCGCUGGGACUCGCCGACCCUGCGCCGCGGGCGAGUCCGUCUGCCGGAUGGGGUGGGGGCUUCGACAAGGAGCACAGAGUAGUUGAGUCCGAGUUGGCCGUCGACUAG